CUAGAGCUAUACUCGUGUAUCCCUCAUUAUCCUCCCUACGAGCGUGGAAGAACCUCUGGCACCACGGUUAGGCAUCCAGGGUACUAGAGCUACAAUCCUAUCAUGAAAUAAAUGUGUCCGUCGAAAAGAUAAUUGCACAUCCGAGCAAUUUUCACGUCAAUGUUGUGACGCACAUAAUUGCUUACGUUACUCGCAAAAAACAUCCUGUCUGACUGUUAAUUAUGGAAGAAUCAUUUUGCUUACGGCUGUAGUUGUUGAUAAUGGAUCAGGUAUGUACAAAACAAAUAUGGUAAACUCCGUUCGUAAUAUAUUCUAGUUUUCGACUACGUUUUACCAGGAAUGAAGGUUAUAUUACAACGAUAUUUAUAGGUGAGGAGAUCAAAGUAAUUUGAUAUAUACAAUAAAAUUAGAAGAGAUUAAUAUUUAACCCAUUGAGCCCCAGUGCGCCCUACUUAUUUUUUUACUUGUCUAACGCCAGAUGAUUUUACUUGUCAAAGGGGAAGUUCUGCAGCUUAAUGGGUUAAUAGAGAAUUUAUAGUUAAAUAUUAUGAUCUCUUGGCAUACGAUUAAAGACCAUUGAUCAGAUCUUGAAUUUGGGGGAUCUCGCUUGAUAGAACCAACAGUUCAAUGGAUUUUGUAGAUGGGAAUUUCAAGCAGAAGGUUAUAUGCCGAUAGAAUUUGAAGCAGCGAUCUGUUUUACUGAUAUAUUGACUUUUACAUCCAGGACAAGUAAAUUUGUCAUUUUUCCUGUACAGGUGGAUGUAUCAAUCAAACAGAUUGUUUCUUAGGGUCGGGUGGUUUAUCGAAGAAAAAAACAACAAUUUUUUUAAAAACCAGAUUCAAUCAAUUUUUCUUUUGACAAAAAAAUCGGGAAAAUACUUGAAACUUGCAGAAACAGCGCGCGAAGCAUAGAGUAUUUGAGGAUCAUCGAGCGAAAAUAAGACCGAAAUAUUCGUAAUUCGCAACGGAAAUGGCUGCCAUAUUUUUUCCCAGUGUUUCCACAUGAAAUUUCCUUUAAAUUUUCAUAAGGAAAUUUUCAUUAAGAACAUCGGGGUUUUUUUCAGACGGUUUUUACCCUAACCGCCCGACCCUAUUGCUUCUUCUACACCAGAAUCAAACAAAUCUGAAAUCUCAACAAAUGACAACAAAUCUGAAAUCUCAAUCACAUUGUCUUGGACAUUGUGCGAACAUUUUCAACAUAUCAAAUCUAUUUUCCAACUAUAUCCUGACGAUAAAACUAACUCAACUCCAAUUUGUAUGUAUACUACCAGAAUUUAUAUUUAAUAACUGUUUCUGUGUUUGAGGAAACAUGUCUGGUACAGACCCCCAUUGCACUGACAUCACAAAUCCUUAGAGUGUCCUCCAGAUGCUCCCUAACAGUAUCUGUUCGGGUACAACAACCACAUACAGCACAAAUUUUAAUACAAAAUUAUUAUAAAGUUUUACAAAAUUUGCUUUGUUUGCAAAAGUUAUAUUAUGCAUAGAUUGGUAAUUUCUCCUCCAGAUGCAUCAUCACCGGCACUGUGACGUCAUGUGCAAUGGGUCUAUAUAUGUACAGUGUUGGUUUAUAAAAUUUCUUUAAACAGGGCGGAUUUUUAAUCCCAGACUGCAAUAUUUAACUUUAUUUUAACCUUUAUAAUAAAGAUUCACAUUUUAUGUCUGAAGAAAUUUAAAACAAUACUGUGACUCUAAGAUUGUAAACAGAUCUGAUCAUUGGUCCUUAUUGCUUUUUAAAGAAUCGCUUGCCAUUCGACGUUUUAAACCUCAACUUAAUCACAGAACUAAGGCAUCAAGAGAACUCAUGAUAUUUAGCUAUUUCUUUAUUAAUAUUAAUCUCUUCUAUAUGUCCUGUAAAUAUUGUUGUAAUGUAACCCAGCGUCAUUCCUGAUGAUGACUAAAACGUAGUCGAAAGCUAGAAUAUAUUAAUGUUCCUUUUCAGAGUUACCGUUGUUUUGCAUUUUGCAAAAAUACUAAAUGGUUCUCUUUGAUCAGGUAUGUGCAAAGCUGGUUUCGCCGGCGACGAAUCGCCAAAAGCUGUUUUUCCCUCUGUUGUCGGUCGUCCUCGCCAUCAAGGUGUGAUGGGGCAGAAAGAUUCGUAUGUUGGCGACGAGGCCCAAAGCAAAAGAGAUAUCCUUACCUUGAGAUACCCCAUCCAACGUGGCAUCGUCACAAACUGGGACGAUAUGCAAAAGGUAAGUUUUUGUGCUUUGUUUUAUGUUUUUGCUUUGGCUUGUGGGUAACGCCCAUUCUUCUAUGUGUUUUAGAUCUGGCAUCACACAUUUUACAACGAACUCCAAGUAGCACCAGAAGAACACCCCGUCCUCCUUACAGAAGCUCCCUUAAUCCCAAAAUCCCACCGAGAAAAAAUGACACAGGUAUUAAAAUAUACACGUUUAAUAGCCAUAUUUGUACUUUUGUAGAUUUAUGAUAAGAUUGCUUCACAGUCAUCUAGUUACUUCUGAUGUUAAGUGUUUUAUUUAAGAGACAAGAAUAUGCAUACUUUUAAUUUAAUAUGCCCUGGAAAGAUGUGACACUGUAAUCAGUUCCAUUUUUUAAUUAGUUAAUUUCAAUCUAAAAUGAUGACUAUUUGACAAAGAAUUGAUUAUAUUCUUAUAUUUUACAGAUUAUGUUUGAGACAUUCAACACCCCAGCUAUGUAUGUAACCAUCGGAGCUGUGUUGUCUCUGUAUGCUUCUGGUCGCACCACAGGAUUUGUGUUCGACAGUGGUGAUGGUUUCUCCAACGCUGUACCAAUCUACGAAGGUUAUGCCUUGCGUUAUGCCAUCCUUCGUCGUGAUUUGGCCGGUGGUGAUCUUACCGAUUACCUCAUGAAAAUCUUGACGGAGAAAGGUUACUCAUUCACCACGACCGCUGAAAGAGAAAUCGUCCGUGAUAUAAAGGAAAAAUUAGCCUAUGUCGCUCUCGAUUUUGAGCAAGAAAUGCAAACAGCUGCAACCAGUUCUAGCUUGGAGAAGGCAUACGAGCUUCCUGACGGUCAAGUUAUCACCAUUGGUAACGAGCGAUUCCGAUGCCCAGAAGCACUCUUCCAACCAUUAUUCCUUGGAACGAAAUAUGCUGGUAUCCAUGAAACCUGCUAUAACUCCAUCAUGAAAUGCGAUGUCGAGAUGAGAGAAGAUCUGUAUCCUAACAUCGUGUUGUCUGGUGGUUCUUCUAUGUUCCCUGGUAUUGCCGACAGAAUGCGAAAAGAGAUCACUUCUCUCGCUCGACAUAGAGUGAGAAUCAAGGUUAUCACUCCACCAGAAAGGAAAUACUCUGUCUGGAUUGGCGGCUCCAUCUUGGGUUCCCUCUCGACCUUCCAACAGAUGAGUAUCUCCAAACAAGAAUAUGAGGAAAUUGGUCUAUCUAUCGUUCACCAAAAAUGCUUCUAAGUUUAGUGACUUUCUUCUAAUUAUGCAGGAUAACAUUUAACGAACUGCGGUUGUAAAAUUUAAGAUAAUUUUGUUCUGAAUAAUUAACCAAAUUGUUUAUAUUUUUUGGAGAAGAGUGCCUUGGAGGUAGUAGCCUGCGGUCCCUAAACUCGGGCAAGCCUGGGAAUGGAGGUAGUGACAGUCUGUACAGUUCAACAAGUGACAGAAUUAGAUUAUACACAAAACUUUGAAAAUUUAAUUUAUAAUUGUUGGCUUUUCGAUUCUAGAUUAUGUUAUUACUAAAAUCACUAAACUGGCCACAUCCCGCUAAGAAUUUCAAACGGGGAAAGACGUUUGAUAAUUCCAAAUUCAAUUUUCGUUCAAUCAUGUGAUCAAAUUGUUUCAUCAUUUUGGUCACAUGACUUCACGAUUUUGUUAUCAAUUUAUUUUUGUACAUGAGUUUCUAAUUUUAUUAUCCAAUCAGGUGCGUAGUUUUGAAUUAAACGUCAGAAAUUCGGCAAACGAAGGUCAAUGCAACAGAAUAUAUGAAAUAUUCGUUUUAUGUUCAUUUUAAAGUUCCAUAAUCGCAAUGAACAAUCUAUCUAGUAUCUAUCUUAUAAUAUGAUCUCCCUUUUAGCAAAAAUAUGAUCUCCAUCUUGUAAUAUAAUGAGUUGUUUCGACGUUGACUGGGAAUAAUUAGCACUGUCAAAUCGUGAAGUCAUGUGACCAAAAUGAUGAAACAAUUUGAUCACAUUAUUGAACGAAAAUUGAAUUUGGAAUUAUCAAACGUCUUUCCCCGUUUGAAAUUCUUAGCGGGAUGUGGCCAGUUUAGUGAUUUUAGUAAUAUAUUAUGUUGGACACUUGUCGGUCCAUUGAGUUAAUGCAAUCAGAUUUGCAUAUGUAACGUUUGAAAGCUUAGCCAAUCAGCAUGCAGUAUUUUGGGGGGGAUUUUAAGCAGGGUUGCCAGUUUGGCGUUAAAAGAGCCAAAUUUCUCGUUUGGCUUCUUUCUAUUUUUUGGCUCUUUGGCUUCUUUUCGAAUAAAUACUGAAAUAAGCAACUUUUCAAAAGUAGUCUGCCAUCCAUCAGUAAAAGUUAGUUAUAAACUCUGCUAUGUUCGAUUACAUUAUCCAUUUAUCCGGGAUUCCGGAUGUACGCAAAUAUUCGAUCAGAAUUAGUACCAUCUCCCUGGGCUUACACGGUUCGCCCCGAACGGCGGGAAAACGAAAAUUAUAAAAUACUUGUUUUUUCUUUACUGUUUUUCGGUGUUGAACGCUUGAAUACGGAAGAUUUACUCUAAAUUUCGAUUUUGGCUUCUUUGUCUUCUUUUGGCCGGAUUUGGCUACUUUUUACGUAUCAUUUGGCUCUUUCGGGCUCAGACCACCUGGCAACCCUGAUUUUAAGAACAUGAAGUAUAAGCACGUGUGGCAUUUUCAAAAUAGUUCAAACCAAAAUUUUAAGACAAUAUACUUUACUUUUAAACUUGUUUAAAUUGUCAAAAGCCUGCAUUGCUCUCGCUGUUGAAGGUUAAAGUUUAUAUGGAGAAAAGAAGUGAAUAUUUCUCUCGUUUCAAUUUGUUUAAAACUGGACAUUUUCCGCGAAGGAGAGGGAGCCAUAUUUUAUACUCCAUGUUGUUUUUACGCUUUGGAAAACUAUGGGGUAAGACAAAUUAUAUCAUUUUGUUGUUGCAUUUGCAGUGUAGUUUAGAAAUAUAAAGAGUUUGACUAUAUCAGUAUUUGGGACGUUUAUACAGCAAAUGCUGGUACAAUCUAUUAG